CUUGAAGCAGGUGAGAAGGACGAACCCACUCUUCACAUUACAUUCCUAUUGUGGAAAGUAAGUUGAUACAAAGGUGAAUUACACAAAGUUACUCGUAUUAUUUAUAAUUUAAUCUUUAUACUUCAUUGUUUUAGGUUAUUGAAUUCUAUCUCAAUACAAAAAGACCGAUUCGAUGGGUCAGGGUUCAAUAGGUUUAGUACGAGACACUAUCACCGCUGAGCAGUUUCUUAACAAUCAGAAGGCCAAUCAUCGUAUAGUCCAUCGAGCCUUUCAAAAAUGUGUGGUUCCCACUUCGAAAGGCAAGAAUGAAGGCUUUGAUCUUACGGAAGAAGAGCGAAAUUGUGUAGAAGAAUUUGCAUUCCUUUACGCUGCAUUCGCCAAAAAGAAUUUUUUGCAUUUCACUAGCCUAUAUGAGCAACAUCAGAGAGAAAUGUAUGAGAAAGCGAGACUAGAAUAUAUGCAGCAGCAGGCGCGCCAAGAUCUCAAGAAGUAAUAAAUGCAACAAGGAGAAUAACAGGAUUUCCCAAAAUCUUUAUAAGACUUGCGAAUAGGCACAAACCUGUGGACUUACUGGUGCUCAAUGCUUUCGCGUAACGAAUAACUACACCGUUGGAUUUGUUAUGCUGGUUAGUUUAGGUAGUGAAAAGCUUCGCGUCGUUAAAAAGAAUGAGUCUAAGUAGACAAGUGAGAAUACACCGCAGAUUUCUGAGGUAGAACUUACUUUAAUAUACGUAUUUGUUGAGUACCAUAACUACUGAAGAUCCUAAAGUACAUAUUAUCAGAAAUCA